AAAGUAAAACAUCCUUGUGACCACUUCACUAUAUGAUCACAUCCAAUCUAAAUAAGCUCACAUUCUUCAUAAAAGUUUGAAAAUAAAAAAUAAAGAGCAAGAAGGGGAGGAGAAAAGUAGGGCACAUCUGGUUUCACUCACAGAGCAGUUUGUGCUGACAUGCACACAAGUCACAUGAAGGAGGAUUAAAAUGUUUUUGGACGAGUACCAGCUUGCCGUAUGUGUGCAGUAAAAGUUUCAUACACUCGAACCAAUCCGUGCGGCUCCCUCUAAAAAUAAACAAUCUCUCCUUCCCCGCCUGUAGGUCUGACGUCAUGCGUGAAACUCCUGCCAACUUUCAGCAGGAUCAAAAUCCAGAGACGCCCCCUAUUCUUUCUCCAAGUCAACAGGAAAGUCAGUCGAGAAGAGCGAGACGGACAGAACAAAGCAUGUCCAGCAGUCUCCCAGCACAGAACAAGAUGGACAAGCAAAAGCUGAGGCCUGAGAUUCCUCCUCGGGUGUCCAAAAGUUCAGCUCAGCGCCUCAGCAGAGAUCUGACCUGCUCUAUAUGUCUGGAUCUCUUCAAGCAGCCGGUCUCCCUGCCCUGCGACCACACGUUCUGUGAAGCCUGCAUCACCAGCUACUGGAGCGGCCCUCGUGUUAAAUGCCAGGCUGGAUCUGGGUCUUGUCCACAGUGCAGGAAGGUGUUUCACGGUAAGAGCUACAGGCCGAACCGCAUCGUGGCCAACAUCGUGGAGAGCUACUGCCAGGGCAUGGAGGAGAGCGGGGUCCGGCUGGGGGCUGUGUCGGAGCCGGCUCCUACUGCGCCACUCUGCAUGCGCCACAGAGAAGAGCUGAAGCUGUACUGCGAGGAGGACCAGGAGCUGGUGUGUCUGGUCUGCGGGAUCUCCCAGGACCACCGCGCUCAUACACUGGUCUGCGUGCAGGAUGCGCAAAAGAGGUACCGGGCGUCUCUGACUACAUCUGCAAACGCCCUUCAGAAAGAGCUCAACACGGCUCUGGAGUGCGAGAGAGAGACUGAAGAGGAGGUCAAGAAACUCAAGGAUCACACAGCAGACCUGAAGCAGAGGAUCGAGGCUCAGUUCAGCGAGCUCCACCAGUUCCUCUACCAGGAGGAGAAGCUGCUGCAGGUGAAGCUGAAGACGGAGGAGCGCAGAGAGCUGAUCCGGCUGGACGAACACAAGGCUCUGCUCAGUGUAGAGAUCUCACGCCUGCGCAGAGCUGUGAACGACAUCGAGGACAAGCUGAGCGAGCAGGAUCCAUACACACUGCUCAGGAGCAUUAAGGGUCUGCUUCAGAGCAGGCAGCCACCCAAGUUCGAGAGGCCGACGCUGACGCCGCCCAGCCUGUGCGAGGGCCGAUUCGCCGGGCCCCUGCAGUACAGAGUCUGGAAGUCACUCAAGGGCAGCAUCUAUCCAGUUCCCUCUGCCAUCACGUUUAACUCCAAAACUGCGAAUCCUUGGCUGAGCCUGACCUCUUCCCUGACCUGUGUGAGAUACCAGACCUUCAACAGCAGCGUGCAGGACAAUCCUCAACGCUUCAACGCGGCGCUGUCCCUCAUGGGCGGCCAGGGCUUCACUAAAGGCCGGCAUUACUGGGAGGUGGAGGUUUACAGCAGCACUGUCUGGACCGUCGGCGUCGCUCGUGAAUCCGUCACCAGGAAAGGUGUCAUCAACACCAUGCCUGCAAACGGCUUCUGGACGCUCUCUCUGUCGUAUGGAGUUCAGUAUAUGGCUGGGACGUCUCCACCAACGCUGCUGUCCCUGGAGGAGCCGCUGGCCAGGAUUGGGGUCUAUCUGGACUAUAAGAGGGGCCUGGUGUCGUUUUAUAACGCAGAGAGCAUGACGCACCUCUAUACCUUCAGGGACACCUUCACCGAGACCCUCUUUCCAUACUUUAACCUGGGCUUCCUGGAUAAAGUGCACGAAAAUGAGCCUCUUAAAGUGUUCAUGCCCAAAAUCUGAAUUUUGUAUCUCGUUAUAUACAGUUGAAGUCAGAAUUAUUCGCCCUCCUGUGAAUGUUUAUUCUUUUUUUAUAUUUCCUAAAUGAUAUUUAAUAGAGCUGGUAUUUCA